CUCUCUCUCAGUCUCAGUCUCUGCAAAUCGCUCCCCUUUCUCCGUCCCAGGUUAAAUACGUACACACGUCUUGUCUCCUCUUUUUUUUUUUCUUUUCCAUCCUCCGGGAUCCGACGUCCGACGCCGUCGUACACGUCUCUCUCAGGGCACUCAGCUAGCUAGCCAACCAGCCAGCCAGCCAGCCAGCCAGCCAAGCCAGGAACAAGACCUGGAGAGUGAGGGUGUCCUUGGGGUCGGGUCCAGUCCAGGCCCUUCAUCCAGUGCCCAGUCGUCGCCAAUCUCGGAUGCGUCUGUUCCUGGCAGACAGACGGGCCACUGCACCGUCUCCACCAGGGGAAGCUGCUGCUGAUCACUGUCACAAUCCCUCCUCGAUCCAAGAUUAACAAGAUCCCACCAACGAAGAAGAGAGCAAAGCUGGUUUUCCCCCAGGUCAAUUGAUUGCGCAUAUUGAAGAGGCAUCGAUCCGGUCAUCUAGGCAGUGAGUGCUUCAAGCGGAACUGGCGAGAAAGGGAACGGACUAGCCCCUGUGUGUGAGGUGUGUUUGUGUGUGUGUGUGUCUCUGUCCUUGGUAACAAGUACAGCAACUGGGAAGGGAAAUCGUUAGCAAGAGGCAAUUAUCGGGCUUGUUAUUGUUCGGAAAUCGGAUAUGACCAAGUUCAACAACUGACAGGUCCAAAAAAAAUGACCGUCCCGAUGGAGGGCAUCGAAUCCACACCGGCAUCGGAUCCGGCACCGGCACCGGCACCAGCGGCGGCACAGCAGUCGGACCGUUCGGGGGGUCUAUUGCCGCCAAUCCACACCCUGCCAAUGCCGCCAGCUCCGGCAACCAACAACUCCAACAAGAACAACAACAACAACAACUCCAACCGUCCGUUAACGCCGCCCGUCCAAGCCGUUGCAGCAGCAGCAGCAGCAGCAGCAGCACCACCGCCGCCGCCACCACACCUUCCGCCUAUCUCGGCUUUCCCAUCCUACCAAGACCAAUAUCAACAAUCGCCACAUCAACACUCAUCACCGUGGCAACCCAUCCAGAUCCCCGGACUAACCCCUCCAAGUCAACCCUCGUACCAGCCGUCGCCGUCAUCCGCACUUACGCCGUCGCCCACUGCUGUCAAUCCCACCUCGCAACAACAACAACAACCACAUCAACAACAGCAAAUCACCCUCCCCGGUCCAGCGUCGUUAUUAAACACUCACCACACCAACGCGUACCUUUCCGUUGUUGCCGCAUCUACGCAGCCGCCCAGCAUCGCAAUCCCGUCAAUCACCACUAUUCCAUCCCAUGCCGCCCGCCCGGAACGAGCCCGUCAGGACCAACCGAACCGACAGGGACAGGGCCAACCUAAGAGGCGUAACCGUCCCGCUGUCUCAUGCAUCCCAUGCAGAGGCCGCAAAAUCAAAUGCGACAAACAGAAGCCGUGCGAAAGCUGCGUCAAGUCCAAAUAUAUCAAGGGUCCCUGCAGGUACGAUAAGAGUCGCUUACCCAAGGAAAAGAGAUGGCCAGGCGAAGCAGAUUCGAGAAUUCCUUCGCCAGAACCGCAACAGCGACAACAACACCCGUCUGUCCAGCCUGUUGACCCGAACAUUGGUGGUGCGCCAUAUGCCAUCGUGAAGGCGGAAGAGAGGACUUCCAUGCCUGGGCCGCCGCCCCCUACUGUGGAUAUACCAUAUCGCGACUCCGAGUCUGUUUCUUCGGACGGGUAUGACGGCGAAUCAGCUAGUCCCCGGCUGCCGCCCGUAUCGUCGGCUUCCAGUCCGUUUCCUCGUCAUGCCCAUCCGGUGUCUGUUGCGGAGGGAACAGAGGCGUUGAGGAGGGAGGUGUGGAUGUUGCGACAGCAGGUCGAGGAGUUGACACAUCGACAGCAGCUCCAGCAGCAACUGCCACCAGGACAAAGGCCGUUGCCGGAAUCAAGACCUGAAUCUCAGACUGGCGAUAAUCGCUGGCCCAUCAACCAACUCUUCCCACUAGUCACUAGCGCCAGCUACAAAGUCUUCAAGGAACCUAACGACAACGGCAAGGCCUUGACCAACCUCCGAACAUGCACCCUUCUCUCGCAGAAAAUCGAGGAAGCACAAUCCGGAAGCAUCCAUCCCCUCGGCUUCAGCGACAUCGGCGGCAUUCUCCCCCUGUCGUACCGCCAAGACGCCCAACGUCUAGCCGAAGCCUACUUCCGCACUUUCGAGAGCGUCUACCGCAUUCUGCACGUGCCUACCUUCUGGAGGCGGUUUGGAGAGUAUUUUGGUGGUCAGCUUGACGGCCAGCUCGCCAAGACCUUCCUUGUCCAGCUUCAGCUUUGCAUGGCUAUCGGGUCGGUCUUUGAGGAUGCCGGCGGUUUAUUGCGGAGGUAUCAGGAAAGAUGGAUUCAGGAAGGCCAGUCGUGGCUUCUCCUUUGUCCGCCGACAAACCUUGCCGGGUUGCAGACCAUGUGUCUUUUACAUCUCACCAAAGAGGUCUGCGGAUUUGGUGGAAGUGGGGGCGAAGGAACCUACAACUCGGCCGGUUCUCUGCUGCGAAAAGCCAUGUGUCUAGGCCUAAACCGGGAUCCUGACGCGUCCAUGCCCAUAUACCAAGCCGAACUGCGUCGACGAUUAUGGGCCACCAUUUUGGAAAUGCUUGUCCAAUCGAGCUUGGACACCGGCCUUCCACCGGGUAUCUCGCUCGCCGAAUUCGAUACUAGCCCGCCGGCAAAUUACGACGACGAGCAGCUUACCCGCUCGAGCUCGGGUCCCCGUCCCUCCGGGACAUUCACGCAAACGACCAUCCUUGUCGAAUUGCACCGUUCGUUUCCUGUGCGGUUAGCUAUCGCUCAACAUCUCGCCACGCUUCUCAAGUCCCCCAACACAAAGCCCCCGGCAGUCGAAUCCGGACCGACGACGAAGUCUCUCAGCACCGAACUGAUAAGUGCAUCACGUGCACUAGCGGACGCGCUUCAACCAGGCUACGACCCUGCCGGCAUCCUGCCGAAUAGGAUCUCCGCGUUCCAGCUUCGGAUGGCGGAGAUGUUAGUGGACCGGUUUUUUCUGGGGUUAAAUCUGGCCUUGGUAAAACCCUUGGAGGUGGAAAUGCCAGAAAUUCGAACAUAUUGUGGCGCAGCAGCCGGCACAAUCUGGAGCGCUGUUGUUUCGGGUCUAAGCAACCAAAGAAAAACAGGAGGAAGCUCUGGGAAAGGAGCGGCGCAAGGUCACCAAAUGGACGACUUCACGACCCUGGUAAGCCGCGGAAGCGGAACCUCGUAUCACGCAACCGCCACGGUGGCCGUUUUGACUCUGCUGGUGGAAUUGAGGCGGCAGAUGGAGGAGGAAUGGCAACAACGGAGACUCCGACAGGGCUCAACCUCGACAGCCUCACCAAGCAACAAGAACAACGACUGGGAAGAACAAGACACAUCAGCAGAAGCAACGAGACAAGAAUUUCUGGACCUGGCUUGUUCAGCUGUCGACUGGAUUUUUGGCAGAAUCCAGCUUGCGAGCGUGGAUACAGGGGCGUAUGUUUGGAUGUACCUGCUUUCCUCGGCAGCUUUGGAAGAGGUGAAGGCUUUGCAGAGGAGGUGGGUGGCUCAUUUGCGGCAGCAGGAUUUGUCCUCGAAUCCUCCGACAGAGGCCAACGUGGAAAGACAAAGGGAAGAACAACUAAAAGAGCUGGUGAAGGAACGGAUUGCGAGUGAUUUGAACAGGGUUGCCGAGCUUAUGAGGGAGGUUUGGCAGUUCACCAAGGAGGUGAAUGGGACUGGCAAUGAAAGUGGAAGUGGAAGCCAAAGCAAUGGUGAGAUGGCUGGGCGGCAAAGAAAUGGCGAUACUGCUGCAUUGGCGGGCAGGACCGCUAGCGAAACAAGCUUGGAGCUGGAGAAGAUGGCAGAGAGGGGAGAGCGUCCAGUCAUCCGCUUUAAUUCGGUCUUCGAUCUGAGAAAUUACAAAUUUAUUUAUAUGCAAGAGUUGAUGGACUACUAGUAGGCAUAUCUGCCACGCAUUUAUGGUUGAUUGGAUCGGACCGAAUCGGAGGCGGUAGAGUGUCGGCAGCAGUCGGAAAAUGUGGGGCACAGAACGGGCCGGGUAUGGAUUAUUGCUUCAUUACAAGGAAAUAAAUGGUUGGGAGAGAAACAGGGCAAUAGAUGGUCAAGCAACUGUAUGUGCGGGCAUCUUGGGCACAGGAGAAAUGGAGGCCUAUGUGUGUUGUUAGCUAUUUGGGGGCUGUCGUCGAUUCCUUGGAGGAUUUGACGCUUGCAUUCGGUUGCCCCCCAGGCGGUCACUUGAUUAUGGUUGCUCGAUGGACAGAGUUAUCAAGCUCAAUGCAUCGAUAUAUGCAUCAACAUACAACGUGGAGGGCAUUCUUAGGAUAAUCUUAGAUAAUGGGGACAUGAAUGAUUGGAAGUGUCACGUAGGUGGCCGACACUGGUAGUAUCGGAUAGAGUAAACACGUGCCGUCUUAUUGGAA